UUGUGCGGCGCACUUUGAAAGAGUGUGUGUUUUGUUUGUUGAAUAAUAAGAGAAGGUACCGCAAGAUGACAAAGACGGCGCCAAAGGGGCGAAAGAAGCCGACAGGCCGCUACUUCGAUGCUGCAAUCACCGUCAAAACCGAAGAUGGAGAAGCUAAUCCAUCGAAACCAAAACGCAGACAUCAAAAAAGUUUUACAGGUGAUUUUCUCAGAAUGCAGUCGCAGGAUAAAAAUAAAGCUCUACACAAGAAUAAACGUCCUAAUGUUACUGAAAAACCAAAGAAGCAAAAGAUACCACAGGAAGUUUUAGAUAAAUAUUCACGUGGCGAUGCCGUCGACUCGAGUGGCGUCAAAACGCGCCACUUUAAGGAGAAACAGAAGCGUAAGGAGAUCUACUUGGACUAUGCCACAGAGCAGGCAGCACGAACAGAGCUUUUACUGCAGGAGACGCCUGGAAAGCUGGAGGCUGAUGAGGGGGAAAUCACAGCGGAAUAUCGUCAAUCGGAGAUUGCUGCCAAUGUGGAUCUGCAAUCGGCAGCGAAGCAUUUUUCUCUUAAGCUCGACUUUGGGCCCUACACCAUGCGCUAUACAAAGAACGGGCGACACUUGCUGCUGGGUGGGCGACGCGGUCAUGUGGCCGCCUUUGACUGGAUAACCAAGAAGUUGCACUGUGAAUUCAAUGUGAUGGAGACCGUAGCCGAUGUGCAGUGGCUUCAUGUGCCCACCAUGUACGCGGUAGCACAGAAGGAGUGGGUCUACUUCUAUGACAAGAAGGGCACCGAGCUGCACUGCGUCAAACGACUGACGCGCGUCAAUCGAAUGGACUUUUUGCCCUAUCAUUUUCUGCUGGCAGCCGGCAAUAGUGCUGGCUAUGCAUCCUGGCUGGAUGUCUCGAUUGGUGAGCUGGUGGGAAACUUUAAUACGGGCCUGGGCGAUAUACGACAUAUGCGUCACAAUCCAGCCAACGGUGUCCUCUGCAUUGGAGGCGGCAAGGGAGUUGUGUCCAUGUGGUCACCAAAAGUACGCGAACCUCUAGCCAAACUGCUCUGCCAUCCUACAGCAAUGACAGCGCUGACAGUCGAUCCGAAGGGUGAGCAUCUGGUCACCGCUGGUUUGGAUAGGCUUGUUAAGGUGUGGGAUCUCAGGCAACUGAACGAUAAGCCGCUGGCCAUCUUUAACCUUCGUCUGCCGGCCAACGAGGUCGAGGUAUCGCAGCGCGGUAUGCUGGCUCUCUCACAAGGCACGUAUUUGGAGACCUACACGGAUGUGCUCACAAGUGGCGGCACUGGCCGUAGGAACAAGCUACCCUAUUUGCGCCAGCGUUGCGAUGCGUUCGUUCAUGGCAUGCGCUUUUGUCCCUAUGAAGAUGUACUGGGCAUCUCAACAGCAAAUGGCUUCCAAUCGCUGCUGGUGCCAGGCUGCGGUGAGCCUAACUAUGAUGCGCUCGAGGACAAUCCAUUGGAGACGAGCCAACAACGUCGUGAGCACGAAGUGCAUGCAUUGUUGGAGAAGAUACCGCCAGAGUUGAUAACUCUGGAUCCACAUGAAAUAACUGGAGUAGAUGCGCCCACACUCCAGGAGAAGGUCGAUGCCAAACGGCAGCUCUUCCAUUUGAAGCCACCCCGCAUUAAUAUGAAUCCGCGCCAUAAGAUGAAGGGGCGUGGCGGCAGCGCCAAAGCAGCACGUAACAAGCAAAUAGUUAAGGAUCUAAAGCGCAAGGAGUUUAUUUCGGAGGUGCGCAAGGCCAAGAAGGACAUCAUUGCCAGUCACGCCGGUGACGGCGACAAUGCACAGCAGACGUCGGGUGAAAAGUUCAUAAAGCCAAAGGUUGUACGCUCCGUUUUGGAUCGCUUUAAGCCCAAACCUCAGAAAAAACAGAAGCCCACAAAGUGAAUAACAUAUUAGUUGUUGCUUUUAUAUAGUAAUUUGAUUAGCUAUAAAUUUAAAUAACAAAUUCCUAAUACUAAGACAGUUCGAAAUACAAAAAGUCUUUUGAAU